CCAAUCAACCAAUGAAAUUGUAUGUAACAACGAAAUUGAAUUAUUUGUAAAAAAUACUGUACGCUCUAAACUGUCAUCAAUAACGAUACACCACUGUGUAUUACACUUCCUUUUUUGGAAACCCACUCAUGCAUAGAAGAAAUAACAUUUGUUCGAUGUCGUGCGCGGCCCCGCAUCAAGCAAUCUGACACUACUCGAAGUAGAAAGCUAAGUCAAAAUGGCUGAUAACGGGGAAGAGAGUGUAUCGAAAGGUGUACACAGACGUGGAGCCUUAAGGCAGAAAAAUGUGCAUGAAGUGAAAAAUCAUAAAUUUGUUCCUAGGUUUUUUAAGCAGCCUACAUUCUGUAGCCACUGCAAGGAUUUUAUUUGGGGCUUUGGGAAACAAGGGUUUCAAUGUCAAGUUUGCAGUUUUGUCGUACAUAAGAGAUGUCAUGAAUUUGUCUCCUUUUCCUGUCCAGGAGCUGACAAGGGACCUGACUCGGAUGCCACCAACUUGCACAAAUUUAAAACACACAGCUAUGGAAGUCCUACAUUCUGUGAUCAUUGUGGGUCUCUUCUGUAUGGACUUCUACACCAAGGACUCAAGUGUGAUGCAUGUGACAUGAAUGUACACAAACGAUGUGAGAAGAACGUUCCAAAGCUUUGUGGUGUAGAUCACACAGAGAGAAGAGGCCGAAUAAAGCUCAAAAUCACUACUGUCAUCAAUAAGCUCACUGUACAAAUUAUAGAAGGAAAGAAUCUAAUACCCAUGGAUCCAAAUGGACUAGCAGACCCCUACGUUAAAGUGAAACUAAUUCCAGAUGAUAAUAACAAAACAAAAAAGAAAACCAAGACCAUCAAAGCCACCUUAAAUCCUGUGUGGAAUGAAACCUUCACUUUUGACAUUUCCCCAGAUGACCAUUCCAAGCGACUGUCUAUAGAAAUUUGGGAUUGGGACAGAACAUCCAGAAAUGACUUCAUGGGAUCCCUGUCCUUUGGAAUUUCUGAGCUUCUGAAGGAAAACCAAGAUGACUGGUACAAACUUCUUAACCAGGAGGAGGGAGAGUUUUAUGGCAUCCCAGUGACUGAUGAUGCAAUAGCCACCAUUAUUGACCUUAGAAAAAGUCUACCGUUGCCUGCAGACGUUCAGGUAGCUCAGAAACCUCAACCCCAACAAAUUGAUGUGACACGGGGAACUGGCAGCAAACAAGACACUGUUCGAGCAACAGAUUUCAAUUUCCUGACGGUUUUGGGAAAAGGCAGUUUUGGAAAGGUAGUCCUAGCAGAGAUGAAAGGAACAGAGGAGUUGUAUGCCAUCAAGAUCUUGAAGAAAGACGUGAUUAUACAGGACGAUGAUGUGGAAUGCACUAUGAUUGAGAAACGCGUCCUGGCCCUACCCAGCAAACCACCAUUCCUUGUCCAAUUACAUUCAUGCUUUCAAACCAUGGACCGCCUGUACUUUGUGAUGGAGUACGUCAAUGGUGGCGAUCUCAUGUACAGAAUUCAGCAGGAAGGGAAAUUCAAAGAGCCUGUCGCUGCGUUUUAUGCAGCAGAAAUAGCGAUAGGAUUGUUUUAUCUACAUUCUCAAGGAACUAUAUACAGAGAUCUUAAGCUAGACAACGUAAUGCUUGACUGUGAUGGCCACAUUAAGAUAGCAGAUUUUGGGAUGUGUAAGGAAGGCAUUUUCACAGACAAGACAACCAGGACCUUCUGCGGUACCCCAGACUACAUCGCCCCAGAGAUUGUAUUGUAUCAGCCAUAUGGGAAAUCAGUGGAUUGGUGGGCUUAUGGAGUGCUCUUAUAUGAAAUGCUGGCAGGACAGCCUCCAUUUGACGGAGAAGAUGAGGAGGAGCUCUUUGCUUCCAUAACAGAUCACAAUGUCUCAUAUCCAAAAUCCAUGUCUAAAGAGGCAGUGUCCAUGUGUAAAGCACUCUUAACAAAAAAUCCCACCAAGAGAUUAGGAUGUGGGCCAAAUGCAGAGAGAGAUAUCAAAGAGCAUGCCUUCUUCAAGAGAAUUGUGUGGGACAAGAUCGAGCAACGUGAAGUUCAGCCCCCCUAUAAACCAAAGAUUAAAAGCCGCAAAGAUGUCAGCAAUUUUGACAGAGAGUUUACCAGCGAGGCCCCGAAACUUACACCAACAGACAAACUAUUCAUCAUGAACCUAGACCAGACUGAAUUUGCAGGAUUCUCUUUUGUCAACCCAGAGUUCAUUGUUUCUGUUUAAAAAUUUGUCUGCAUUAAAUGGCCACAUGUCUAUGAAUCACCAAGUCAGUAAAAUCUCUCUGUCCGAAAAGUGUUGCUCUGACAAUUUUAAAAUAGAAUGGAAAUAGAACUCAACACUUACUAUUACUUGCACAUCAGUAAUCCCUAGAAUAGCUGAAGUUUAAAGAUAGUUAGUGAAUUUUGUCAAAGGCACCAUUAUGCCAUUAAGCUGGUCAAUAUGAUGAAAAAUUUGACCUAUAUUUUCAUUGCACUCGAAGGCUAAUAUUUGAGAAGCUCUUUUCUGUUACAUAAUACUAAUACAAGAGAAAUGUCUGAAAGGCACAGUAAACCCUGUAUAUUGUGACACCAUGGUAAUUUGUACAGAAAAACAAAGUGAUGCCUUGUCUGUAAAAUUAAGUGAAUAUAUAUUAUAUUUAUACACACAGUCAAACCUUGUUAUCUGGAACUCAAUGGAACCAAGAAAAAACUUCGAAAUAUCCGAGGAUUUGAGAUAUCGGGAGUAAAAUACUUAAUGGAACAUCAGGAGUAAAAUACUUAUGGAACAAGUGGUUGGGACUUCUCAAUCACUUCGACAUAUCCAUGGUAUUCAAGAUACCGAAGUUUAACUGUGUAUAUAGUAUUUACAAAGUUUAAAGAACACACUUAAAAGAUCCAUUGUAUCUAAAAUUGGUAAUGAUCCAUUGCAUCUAAAAUUGGUAAUGAUAUGUAGGUGAUUCAGGCCUGUUGACAGUUGUGGUUAAUAUUAGUAAGAACGAUUUUUAUCAUUACAUUUUUUGGUUGAUAUGUAGAUAUACUGUAGAGACCAUUUCAACUAUAGCUCUUGUUCUUUGCAUCAAUUCAUCACUUUUUAAAGAAUUUUUUUUGGGUUUUGUUUUUUUUUUGGUCACUUGAUUUAGGGACCUAUUCUGAUUAGUGCCUGUCGGUCAUACUGUAUAACAGGUAUUUUCUUUGGGUGGAAAUUUCCGCGAUCUGGUCACUAAAAGGUAGCAAAUUAUAUUCUGCAUUUCCAAUUUCUGCGAUUGCAUUUUGCCUAUAUGUAUCGAUAUAUAUUUUUUGCAAUGGUAAAUUUUAAUGGACAAUCGUAGAAAAUACCCAUUAUACGGUCAUUCAUUGCUUGUUGUCCAUUAGAAUUUGAAUGUAAUGGUUUCAACUUAUUCUCAGAAACUGCAUGGCCAAUCAAUUUAAGAAAGUGUUGAGUAGCAUCUUUGAUUUGAGAGUAGGAAAAGUUGUGAAUAUCGUUGGGGGGGGGGGGGGGGGGGGGGGGGGGGGGGGGGGGGGGGGGGGGCUCCAUCUAAACCUACAAUUGUGCUUUAAUGACUAGUUAAGAACAGCAUUUAGAAAUUAGAGAUGUUUUCUCUUUAUGAUAAGUGGAAUGUAAAGUUACACUCACUUCAUUUUGUGCUGUAGAGACUUUGGGACUCAGAAUAAAUAACAUCAAGGUCUCCUCCAUCUUCAGUUGAACAAGUAUAUCAACACAACUUGCACAAUGUUCUGUUAUUAGCUGUCUUGUUGCAAGAAUCCUGAGUAGAUGGUGUGUCAUGAUGCUCAGUCUAAGUAAUAAAGCAUACUUCAAACAUGUAAUGACUGGGAUUGUAAAAGUUGGGUAUAAGCAAUGAUUUUGCAAUGUGUGUAUUGCAGAUUUACUAAGCAGCAUCAAAGUCUAUUUAGAAAGCAUAUAUACUAAGUCGGUUAUUUCAAUAUACCUAGGUUUGGGAAUGCCCUGUGGUGGAUAUUAUAGUCUUGUUAGGAGAACUCUAGUUUUUACUGCAGUCCAUUUUAUUUUUGCUUGUUUUUUUCAUUGUGGGACAAACUGAAAUGAACAGUGAAGGGACUUUAUCUUGACAUUUAUGCAGUGACUGAGGAGGGAAAAACCCAGUGAAUUAAAAAAAACAGUGAAAUUGGUUGUUUUUUUUGAAAAUGCGAAAAUAUCCAUGUUGCGUAUAGUGGUUUGAAUUGCAUCAAAAUGAUAUAAUUGAUGAAAUAGAAUAGUAAAGAGACUGCAAAUAAGGAUAUCUUCCACAUUAUAUUGUUGUUCAAAAAACGUUCUAUUGAAAUAGUUAUUGGGAGAUCUGCACCAGUAAGUGAUGAAAAGUACGCCAAGCAAUUUUGCAGUGAAAAACAGUGCUCAUAUUUAAAUUAUCAUGUUAGUACAUGUAUUAUUUUGUUCAAUUUUUAACAAGGUGAUGUACAAUUUAAAUGUCUCAAAUUCAGUGCUUUCAUGUAAUUUACAUCAAAUAAAUACUGUUAUUAAGGUGGAUCACUGCAACAAAAUUUUAUUUAAUGGCUCAUCAAAGCAUCUCACAUCGAGUAUAUGAUUACAUCAUUGAAAGAGUGAUACAAGCUCUCAAUUUUUUAAUAAAUAUUUUGGUUUUUUUCUCUCUCUUGGAGUAAUAGAAAGGUGUUUGCAAAUAAGAUAUUUUGAAGUCCAAAUUUUGCUGUGAUUUGAUGCAUGAUAUGAAUAUCUAAUAAAACAUGCUUAGAUGACUUGGAUAGACAUUGUUAUUUUUUAGUAAAAAAGAAUUUAUCAAAAUUAGAAAUGUUAUUUGUUAAUAUUUUUAAAUCCCAAAACAUGUCAAUUAGAAAAACUAUAUAUAGAAAAUAUACUUUUUAAAGAAAUUGUAAUGAAAUGCUCAAAAUUUGUAUAUAAUGCAAAUUCAAUUCUGAUUAACCAAGCCUGAUCAGUAAUGGGUAACAUUUUAAUGAGAUAACUACAUUCUCUAUAGUUGCAAAAUGGCUUACAGAUUAAAAUAGCAAUAUUUCUGCAUUUUUUUGGGGUCCUUUUAUAAAUCUCAAUAUUUAUCAAAAAUAUGUUUGUCAAAUAUAUUUGUCUCCAUUUUCAUGGUGUUUUGUUUUAAGGUUAUAGCUGUAUAAUUAAAAAAUAUUGACAAGUAACACAAAAACCGCUAUAUUUUCAUAGAUAUUUUUUUAUUUUAAAAUUAGAACGUCUACAUGAAUGAAAAUUUCUUAUUGGCAAACAAAACUCUUUCUGAAAUAAGAAACACAAAAACUUCAUAUAAAAUAAUUGAGGGCUUGUAUCACUCUCUUACUGUUGAGAUUAUACUUCAUAUGAGAUCCUUUAACAAGUCAUUAGUAAAAUUUUGGUGUAGAAAUGCACCUUUAGUUCAGUAUGUAACACACGUACGUUUCUGUGUGCAUUUUUGCAGUAAUGUAUGUUAUUCAGUAGUGUAGAACUUUUAACAUUUGUUAAUGUUACUUGAUUAAACACUGUAACCAUGAAUAAUU